AUGAAUUUACGUUUAAAUCGAUCAGCACAAAAAUCUGUCAAAAUGUCAUCUUUUUUAAGUCAUACUAAUCGACAAUUCAAUCAUCUCAAUACUUAUUCACAUCGUAGUUUAAAUGACUUGCCUCAAAUGAAUUCAACAUUAUUAGUAUCAAAAUCUUCACAUUCAACAUCAACAUCAUCGUCAUCAUCAUCAUCAACUCAUGAUUAUUUAUAUAAUAAUACACUUCAAGAUGAUCAUAGCAAUUCUGUUAAUCAAUGUCCAUACUGUACAGUUCAGUUGAACACUUCUCAAUCAUAUCCAUUUCAUUCUGAAUUUUCUAAAACAUUAAAGAAUAGAAAUAUAAACAACGAGGUAUACAAUUCAAAUGGUUCAUUAAAACUUCCAAUUUGCUCAGGGACUAAUACACAUUGUUCAUGUUAUUUUUUCAAACAAAUAUCUUCACCCCAAUGUUAUUCAAGUACUAAUGAUGUGUCCAGCGAUCAGAAUAAAACACAAUACAAUGUACCAAUUCAUACAAACUUAUCCAAUUCACAUUAUUCCUUGCCAAUAAAAAAUACUUGUUCAAAUGAUCAGAUGAUUGAAACUUAUCAUUUAAAUGAGAAUUCUAUUGAAAAUAUUGAUGAUGAUGAUUUAAAGAAUUGGAAUCAUGACCAUUAUUUUUAUCAUCAUUAUAAUGAUAAUUUAACUCGAACAACAACAACAACACCUGCACUUCAACAAAAAAUCAAUAACAAUAAUCAUAAAAAACGAUUACAAGCCUAUUCAAAAUCUCUUUAUUGGAAUAAACCUAUAAAACACGGUAAAAUCAAUAAAAUUGCAUCAACAUCCAAUUCACAAUUGAAACAUUAUUUCCCAGUUAGUUUUAGUACAGUAGCAGCCAGCAGUCGUAAAGAUCGUCAAUCUUUAAAACAUAUAAAACAAGAUAUUCAUUAUAUAGCAAAAGCGGCAAGACAAUUAUUAGUAGAAUUAAAAGAACGUGAAUUUAAAGCGAAAAUUAUUGAACAAUGGAAAAUAGUCGGUAUUGUAUUAGAUAGAAUAUUUUUUAUUCUUUACUUUGUUACAAUUCUUUUGUCAGCUUUAUUAUUUCAUCCGACAUUAAUUGAUGAUUAUAGUGAUGAUUAGGUAGAG